UUCAAAAACAUAGGUAAUGCCACGUGCACGCUCCGAAACGCCAACAUCAGUACGCUGGGGGCAGCGACUCGAAAGUUUCCCUGACAUUUCAUAUUUCAGAGAUCCUCCAGCCGCGAUCUCAACGGAACCUUUGGUAGUCGAUUCUGGACCGUCACACAUCUCCCUCUCAUGGGGUAAGCCAGUUCGAGACAAUUCUGCGCCCGUUAUUGCCUAUCGCAUUGAUGCUUGGGUCGUUGGCCCAGAAGGUGGUGCUAUGUGGAAAGAGUUGGGUCUGACACCUAUAAAUUCGUUUGAUGCCUUCAAUUUGAAGCCUAAUGUUGAAUAUCACUUCCGCGUCACCCCGAAAAAUCGUUACGGUUGGGGUCCUUCGGUGCAAACAAGUAGUCCCCUUCAGGUGGGAGGCGCUGAAUGCUUGCCCGAGUUCGUUAAAAUACUACCUGGUCAGUUAAAGGCCUUACUGGGCACGCAACUUGUAUUGGAAUGCACGGUACGUGGUGCGCCACGUCCACAAAUUGAUUGGUAUAAGGAUGGCAUGCAUAUUAGUCCACUAACCGAGCGUAUCAGAAUUCGUCAGAUUGGAUCAACUUGCACGCUGAUCAUUGCACCAGUUUCUGAGUUGGAUGCAGGUCGGUAUACUUGCGAAGCAACUAACUCCAAGGGUAGAGUAUCGACUUUUGCACGCUUACAAGUUGUCACCGAUCCUCGACUAUACGAAGCCGAUACGAAACUAAAGCAAAUCGUUUACUCCGCCGAUGGUGCUCAUGCUGGUGACACCUUACCAAUAUUCACAAUGCGCCUGCGAGAUCGACGGGUGCAAAUGACCUACCCUGUGCGUUUGACUUGCCAGGUACUGGGUCAUCCCAUAACAGAAAUUAUGUGGUACAAAGACGACCAGCGAAUCGUAGAGAAUCGUCGUUGCCUUAUCACGAACGAUGGUCAGUUUCAUACACUUGAAUUGGCUAGCACCGUACUAGAUGAUAGUGGAAUUUAUACUUGCUCCGCUAAAAAUGAACUUGGUUCGGUAUCAUGCCACUGUUCACUUGUCGUCGAUAAAGGUAUACGAGCUUACAUAUCGCCCGAGUUCUAUAUGCCGCUGGACCCAUUGUAUAUAUACCAAGAGGGGCAAGAUAUACGGCUUACCGCUAAAGUAGAAGCCUAUCCCGCCGUGGGAGUUUCAUGGCAUCGCAAUGGCGUACGCUUGCGUCCCAGCAGACGCAUAGGUGCAUCUCUAGAUUAUAACGGUUUUGUUGAAUUAAUAAUUGCAGACGCGACCAUACACGACGCCGGUAUUUAUGUUUGCGUCGCUUCAAAUGCUGUCGGCAAGGUAGAAAGUAACUGCCGCGUGGUCAUAGAAGAGCUCGAUGAAGAACAACAGCAGCAAAGACAACGCGGUAAUAGCCAGAUACCGUCUAUUGUAAAAAGUGAUUCACCGUACUCCAAGGAACCCAUGUUUAUCGUCAAACCACGUUCUAGUGAGGCAUAUGAAGGUGACACAGUAAUAAUAUUCUGUGAGGUUGUCGGCGAUCCAAAGCCUGAAGUUGUAUGGCUGCGUGAUUUCUUGAAUCCGGAAUAUUAUAAGGACGCACCGCACUUCCGACCUAUAGGCGACGGUCCGGAAUACCGCCUGGAAAUACCUAGUGCCAAGCUGGACUUCACCGGCACUUACUCAGUCAUAGCGAGCAAUUGUCAUGGUGAGGCCAAGGCUGUCAUAUCAUUGCAAAUUUUCGCUAAAGAUAUUCUCAACAAUUCGCCAAUGGAGAAAGGGUCCAUUCGACACGGGAACGUAGAAACCUUCCCGCGCUUCAUCCGUCAUCUGCGUGAUUUACGUUGCUGCGACGGUGAUGCCAUCACUUUGGAAUGUCAUGUUGAGGCAUUACCGGAGCCGGUAAUCAUAUGGGAAAAGGAUGGGCGUGUUCUACCUAGUGGCAAAGAUUUCACAAUGUCCUACGACGGCAUCAAGGCCACGCUAAGCAUACCACGCAUUUAUCCAGAGGAUGAAGGCGAAUACACCUGCGUCGCUAAGAAUAAUCUUGGCCGCACACUGUCUUCGGCUUGUAUUAUUGUUGAUGUGCCUGAGGAAAAGGAGAAUAUGUUAAAUCGUCAGCUGUCCCGGCCCAGCGGUUUGCUCUCGGCCAACUCUACACCACGUUCAACGCCGCGUUCCACACCCAACCGUUGCUUUUCGCCUCGACGUCUUUCUUAUCGUUCAUCGCAAAUCGAUUUGAGUGAUGGUUGCAUCGGCAGUUAUCGACGCGCAAUGUUGGACACUCGUAGUUUGGCUGCGCCGAAAUUCCUAGCCAUUCCCCACAGCCGUGUCGUUGAAGAGGGGGACAAUGUGCGCUUCCAAUGCGCAAUUGCUGGUCAUCCAACGCCGUGGUCAACAUGGGAUAAAGAAGGUAUAAUUGUUACGCCUACUGCCCGGAUCGCUGUAAAGGAGGUGGAUGAUUUGCGUUUCCUAGAGAUUGACGAAGUUACUUUCGAUGAUGCCGGUCUGUACCGUAUCACCUUGGAGAAUGAUUAUGGACGCAUUGAAGCUACGGCGCGUUUGGAUGUAAUUAGCCGUUCGCGCUAUUCACGCUCCCCUUCCGUACGUAAUGUUCGUGCAAGUUCUUCAAAACGCAAUGCACACCUACGUAGACGUAUUAUGGGACCAUCGACGGCUAUAGGCGGCCGCAUGGCAUUGGCUACUGGCUAUCGCGGGUCUUCGGUGCCAUCAUGCAAAUUUUAUCAUAACGCCACUGAGCUGAACGAAGAUAAUGAACGUGUGCACAUUAUGGUGAACGAACACGAAGCACUGCUUUGUAUUGACAAUGUGACGGAGAAAGACGAGGGACUCUACACAUGUAUCAUUCAAUGCGAUAGUGAACCCUUGCUCACAAGCACUUGGGUGAAAUUCGAAGGAGCAGAAAGUGAUGCAUUGGCGGCACGUCUAAGAGAACCGUGUAUUUCUCGAUCCCUGCCCACGAAAGUAGAAGCUCACGAACGCGAGACUGUUGACUUGCGUUUUGAAUUGGAUUGCCAUGAACCAUACACUUAUACAUGGACGCGUAACGGCGAAGUGUUGGUCGAUGAUGACGACUUUUAUCAAAUCGACCAUGGCAAUGGCGUACUUUGUCUGCGCAUAAACGAUGUUUUCGAUUUAGAUUCCGGGGAGUACACCUGUGAGGUACGCACUGCCAGCGGCCUAACCUGCAGCACUGCUUGUCGGCUGACCGUCGACGGUGGGGCAGAGUCUGCGCCAAUACUGUUGAAAUCGCCGCUGCCGGUUUUAACGAAUGUCAAUGCAGACGAAGUGGUAUUUUGUGCGCGUGUUCAUCCACCUGAAGCCAGCGUUCGAUGGUUCGUCGCGGGUCGUGAAAUCGUAUCCGACAUUUCUGAAAAAAACGUCAAUGACUUACCCGUUGAGGAAAUAAAAAAGCAGUUUGUUGCGACGCGUGUCACCAAUGAAGCGGACGGUGUCCGCAUACUACACAUACAGAACGUCCAACCUCAUCACUGCGGCGAAGUGCAAUUGAGUGUGACACAUUGCGGCAAGUCCAGUUCGACACUGCGCGCCUACACCAGUUUGGUUGUGCUGCCAGGACACACGUCCCUACAAGCCGAUUUUAAAGAACCCACAAGUGCCACUGAUAAGGCUAUUGAAGGGCUGAAUGGUUCCGAGCAGCUGGAAGUACCUGUUUGCAUCUUAGAGGGUCCACAGGAUUGCACCGCUCUCAUUGGUGGUAGCGUUAAGUUGCGCGUCUGCUACGAGGCUGUGCCGCGUGCUCAAGUCUGCUGGUACAAAGGGUGCCGUCCGAUAGUCGAGCAGCGCAACAUUUCCAUACGCAGCAGCGCUAAGCGUUCGACGCUGCUCAUAACUGACAUUGCGGCAGAUGAUAGUGGCAAGUACACGGUGGAGAUCAUGAACGGGUUGGGUAGCGAUGCAGCGGCGGCUUCGGUGGCGGUGGAGGGUCCGCCAGAUGCGCCCAGCGGCAAGCCGAGCAUUUCACAAGGUCCCGAUCGUAUUGCGGUCGCUUGGUGUGGCCCACCCUACGAUGGCGGCUGCAUGAUUACCGGCUUUAUCAUUGAAAUGCAGCAGGUGCCUGCCGAUCCGAAUGAUGAGACAGGCGAAAGCGGUUGGCACGAAAUCGCUACCGUUGUAGACUCAUUAGCGUAUACUAUUAAGAAUUUGUCACCGAGCGCCACAUAUCGAUUUCGUGUGCGCGCCAAAAAUGUACAUGGCUGUAGCAUACCCAGUUUGCCCAGCGAUCCGGUUGAGUUACAAGCCCAAGAAAUCUUAACAGAAGAUUUCCACCGACCGAUUAGUGUUAAGUCAGGUGGCGAUUUCAAAAGUCGCUUUGAAAUACUUGAGGAAUUGGGCAAGGGUCGCUUCGGAGUCGUUUAUCGGGUGCAGGAGCGUGAAGAUUCAAAACAAAUUCUUGCAGCUAAGGUGAUUAAGUGCAUUAAAGCGCAAGACCGACAAAAAGUAAUGGAAGAGAUUUCCAUUAUGAAAUCAUUACAACACCCGAAAUUGCUGCAGCUCGCCGCUUCAUUUGAGAGCGCCCGCGAAAUUGUAAUGGUGAUGGAGUAUAUCACUGGCGGGGAGCUCUUCGAACGUGUCGUGGCGGACGAUUUUACGCUGACCGAACGCGAUUGCAUACUUUUUCUGCGACAAGUGUGCGAAGGUGUCGCCUACAUGCACACGCAAUCAAUCGUGCACUUGGACCUUAAGCCGGAGAACAUUAUGUGCCAUACACGCACCAGCCAUCAAAUCAAGAUCAUCGACUUCGGGUUGGCGCAACGUUUAAACAAGAACACACCGGUGCGCGUGCUCUUUGGAACACCCGAAUUCAUACCACCUGAAAUAAUUAGUUACGAGCCAAUCGGCUUUCAGUCGGAUAUGUGGAGUGUGGGCGUCAUCUGCUACGUGCUCUUAUCUGGCUUAUCGCCAUUCAUGGGUGAUACUGAUGUCGAUACUUUCUCGAAUAUUACACGCGCUGACUAUGACUUCGAUGACGAAGCAUUCGAUUGCGUUUCACAGGAGGCAAAGGACUUCAUAUCGAAUUUGUUGGUAUAUCGCAAAGAAAAUCGCUUGACAGCCAAACAAUGUUUGGAGUCAAAGUGGCUGACGCAGGAACAUGAUGAGAACCUCAGUAAUAAAAUUUGUACAGAUAAACUAAAGAAGUUCAUUAUACGACGCAAGUGGCAGAAAACUGGCAAUGCUAUACGCGCCUUGGGCCGCAUGGCCACGCUUUCCGCUUCCAGACGCAACUCUGCCGUUUCCGGCGCCGGCAGUUUGCCCAAUAGUCCACGACCUUCAAUAUCCGGAAUUCAUCAUAUGUUCAGUCCGAGUACAACCGUGCAAAUGGGUUCGCUGCACGAAGAAGAUGACGACUUCAGCAUUGAGCUGCCGAAUCAGACAACGCUGGAACAACAGCGACGCAUACAAAAGACGCUGAAAGUGCGCGACAAAUCGCAAUGCAGUGAGCGCAGCGAUUCCGGUUACAGCGAGUGCUCCAAUUGCAGUGUGGGUGGAAAUAUGCCAUGCCAUUGCGCUGGCGCGUCUGCCGUGCAUGUCAUAGUGCAGCACAGCGCUGUGGAUGAUUUAAAUGCGACAAAUGCAGAGGCGGCGCUGUCACUGGGCGUACCGCACGAUGUGCUCAAGACGAAAUUGGAGGAAAUUGCGCAACAUGAAAACUCUACUUUUGUCGAGGAAUGCAAUAAGUCUGUAAGCGCUUUAGAGCAGCACAUACGGCAAGUAAGUUUACAGGAAUCCGAGGGAAUGACAGUUAGCAAAGAUAACGGAGAGUAUAUUGAGUCCAUACGAGAGCAGCCGCAGGAUGGGAUUGCUGGCCAAGCAAACGUAGCCGUAUCGCUCUCAAUGCCACUCACAUCGCCGACGCAAGUAGCGCCGUCAGAGUCAACAACAGUGUUGGCGUCAUCACCACUUCGCGAACCCAUAAUGCGCUCGGAUUUCACGAACACCAUUAAGAUGCGUAAGAAAUCGCUGGAGAACAAUGCGUUGCGGGAGAAGGUCAAACAACAACCUAAGCCGAUUUUCGAAGCGGCGGGAAAAGUUUCACAGUUAAAGCACAAGUUCAAUUUUGCCUCAAGCGCCGAUGAAGGGAAAUGUGUUAACGAUAAAUUGGUACCCAGUCAAUCUUUACCACUGCACAAGAGAGACCACAACAAAGAUGUUUUCGCCGAUAAACGCUUCGCCUGCGCUAACCAAAGUACCUUUUUAAAAUGCUUUUAGAAAAGCGCAACAAGUGCCACAACGAAAACAUCGAAUUCAACAUUACAACAGCAACAAAAAUAUCAGCAAAAACAAUGCUCCUCCAUGCCCAACUCACCGCUGCUUGGACGCUCAGGCGCGGCGCCACGGCUAAGCGGGCGCGUACGCGAGGCAACCGAGCGCUUGUCUCAACAACAAACCGUCGCUACCAGCGCGCGACGCAUGGAGGCAAGGCGUUAGGCAGCAGCAACAGUGACAGUAACGGGUUAAAUAAAGGCGCGACGGUAAAUGCCGAAUAAAUCAUCGCAAACCGGUUGAGGCGCACGUGCGGGAAGACAAACAUAAACCACUUUCAUACACAGAUUACAGUUAUGGAUUAUACGCGUCACAUGUCAUAACAAUAAGGGUAAUACGUGACGUCGUUUUACCGGAUUUGUGUUGUUGUUGCCGUCACGUUAUCCUCUAGACGCCUCACAUUGAUGAAUUUGUUAACAAAUAUAGACAUACCUACAUAUAUACAUACAUAGGUAUAUUUGUAUGCUUGUUGUUAUUGUUGAGUAUUUUACUUCCCAAAACUCUCAUACAAGUCAAGUUUUAUUACAUGUUAAUACUUUUUUGUUAUCAUUGCUUUUGCACUAUGCGCAGCAUUCACAUUUUAACUAAACCUACCCACACUCGAAUAAGCCUACAAAUAUUGAUGCAUUACAUAUGACUCUUACGCGUGUUACGUACAUUUACAAAAUUACUUACAUAAUCAUUAGUGAGAAUUAAGUAAUUUAAAAACAACGAUUAUAUAAUAUCUACUAAACGAAUAUAUUGGCCUACUCACACAUAUACACACAUACGUCCAAGUAAUCGGAGUGAAUACAUAACCUCUGAUAGUACUUACAUUUC